ACAACGGAAGUCUCGCGAGACCUGAGCGGUCGCUGUGGAAAAAUGGCCGCUCACGGAACGAUUCCUGGAACGGGGAACAACAUCAGCUACCGCACGGGGCGUGACAGCUGACCUACGGCUCCGGUUUUGUCCGUCCUUUACCCGACUUCCGAACGGAUGGGUAAAGAAGCCUGCGACAAGCGGCAUAAGGAACCACAGCGAGUCCGUUUAAGUAGUCGGAGCUAGCUAGAAAGCUAACGUUGGCUAACGUAGCUAGCUUGCUAGCUAACCUAAGACAAGGCGCGCGAGCCUGAAUCAGGAUUUUGUGUGCUAGCAGAAAGCUAGCCGUAAACAGCCGCAGCUAUGAGCGGACCGGGACAAGAUAACGAGCCUGAGGCCAAAAUCCUCCACAUCAAGCGGCUGUACAGGGCCGUGGUGGAAUCCGUACACAAGCUGGACGUGAUCAUCGGCAGCAAGUCGUCCUACAGGGAGGUCUUCAAACCGGAGAACAUCAGCCUAAGGAACAAACUGCGUGAGCUGUGUGUAAAGCUGAUGUUCUUGCACCCUGUGGAUUACGGACGCAAGGCAGAGGAGUUGCUCUGGAGGAAGGUUUACUACGAGGUUAUUCAAGUCAUCAAGACCAACAAGAAGCACAUACACAGCCGUAGCGCUCUGGAGUGCGCAUACAGGACGCACCUGAUCGCUGGCGUCGGCUUCUACCAGCACCUCCUGCUCUACAUCCAGUCCCACUACCAGUUGGAGCUGCAAGACUGCAUCGACUGGACGCACGUCACCGACCCACUCAUUGCUCGUAAGAAGCCGGUGUCUGCCACACCUAAGGAGAUGGAAUGGGCUCAGAUGGCAUGUCAUCGGUGUCUUGUGUAUCUGGGUGACCUCGCAAGGUAUCAGAACGAGCUGGCAGGCGUGGAGUCCGAGCAGCUGGCCGAGAGAUUUUACCACCAGGCCCUGUCUGUCUCGCCAACCAUUGGAAUGCCUUUUAAUCAGCUCGGUACUCUGGCUGGAAGUAAAUUCUAUAAUGUAGAAGCUACCUACUAUUACCUGCGCUGCAAUCAGUCCGAGACGCCCUUCGAGGGAGCCUACGGAAACCUGAAGCGUCUGUUCGAUAAAGCGGCCAAGAUGUACCAUCAGGUGAAGAAACAGGAGAUGAAGAAGCUUUCACCAUCACGCCAGAGAUCAAAGGACAUCAAGCGACUCCUUGUAAGCUUCAUGUACCUCCAGAGUUUACUGCAGCCCAAGAACAGCGUGAUGGAAACGGAGCUGACGUCGCUGUGCCAGUCGGUCCUGGAGGACUUUAACCUGGUGCUGUUCUACCAGCCCACACCGAGUCACGGCAGCCAGUCCAUCAGCGAGGAGGAAGACGAGCACGAUCAGGCCUUCAGCGUGCUGCCCGACAGCCUGGUGUUUAAAAUGGUGGUGAUCUGCCUUAUGGUGGUACACAGCUUAAAGCGAGGAGGUUCUAAACAGUACAGCACGUCCAUCGCCUUCACACUAGCACUUUUCUCCCAUCUGGUGAACCACGUGAACAUGAGACUUCAAUCCGAGCUCGAACAAGGAGAGAGCGACGUCGCGCCGUUACGCACAGACGCCUCGGAUGACGCUGAUCCUCGAGAGCAGACCAACACACUUCCCCCGGAGGACAAACUGCUGCAGAACGGUUCCGUAGAAGAAGACGGAGACGACGAGAACGACGAAGACGAGCUGAAAGGCAACGGGACGGCGGUUUCUAAGAAAGGCUCUGGGAAGAAGAGUGGCGAGGAGAAGCCGAAACAGAAGAGGAAAUACUCACGUCUGUCCAUGCUGCGGCGACGACGCUGCGCUCGCGACGAGGACGAGAGCGACCUGAGCGAAGGCUUCGAGAGUGACGAAGAGGAGGACGAAGAGCCUCAGAGAGCAGACGGCUCGGGAGUCCCGACAAACUCCUCUCUGGGGAAAGAAGGAGACACGGCGGGAGAGCAGGGGGUCUGGGAGAGUGGAUCGGAGGAAGAAGAGGAGGAAGAGGAGGAGGAGGAGGGUGGCACCGCGUUUGAUGUUGAGACAGACUCUGAUAUGAACAGCCAGGAGUCGCGCUCUGAUCUGGAGGACAUGGAGGAUGCAGCGAGUCCGGUGCAAGAGCAGCAACUUGUGGAGGAGGAAGAGGAGGAGACAGCGCAUCCAUCACGGGAGGAAGGCUCCACACCACCGGCCACCAACGGCCCGCUGCUGUCCAACGAUCCCAGUAUCAGCAGCAACCUUCAGGCCGUGUCGUCUCAGCUCUUCCAAGCCAAACGCUGCUUCCGUCUGGCUCCGACCUUCAGCAACGUUCUGCUGAGGCCCUCACACGCCUCCAUCACAGCCUCCGAAUCCGUCCCCUCACAGGAAGCCACACCCCCUCCCGGGGACACACCCAGUAACACAACUCCAGAGAUCGCCAACGGAACCAACGAAGAUGAUGUUGACAUGGAGGACAGCGAGCACAGCAACCAAUCAUAUCACAGCGAGAAAACCCUGUCAGAGAGACUGGAGAUUCUGACCAACCAAGGCCUCAUUCAGGUGGUGAAGGUCUUUGUGGAUUGGAUGAGGACAAACACGGACAUCAUCCUCAUGUGCGCACAGAGUUCUCAGAGUUUGUGGAACCGCCUUUCAGUGCUGCUUAACCUACUGCCUGAUGGGAACAAGGUGCUAGAAGCAGAUCUCUUCCUGAAGAAGGAGGUGAGGGACCUGCUGGCCAAUAGCGAGCAGCCGGACCUGGUGCAGUCUGUGCUGCUGCCGGAGGACCAGGCGCUACGCCACCUCCCUGCCCUGAACCUGGCACACCGCCGCCUCGACUUCACUCACCACAGAACCAGUCUGAGCCAACUGCAGGAGUGUGUGGUGCGUUUGUGCUGCAUCCGCAGCUUCGGCCACUUCCUCACCGGUCUCCAAGGCAACGUGCUGCACUACAACCCGGAGGCAGGUAUUUUCACCAGCAUCAGCCAAUCGGAGCAGGAAAACAUGGUUCAGCAGGCGAAGGCGCAGUUUCGCAUGGCUGAAGAGGAAGCGCGCAGGAACAGGCUCAUGAGGGACAUGGCACAACUACGCCUGCAGUUAGAGGUGUCCCAGCUGGAGGGAAGUCUUCAGCAGCCCAAAGCCCAGUCGUCCAUGUCUCCGUACCUGGUGCCUGACACCGGAGCUCUGUGCCAGCACCUGAACCUGCUGCGACAGCUGGCAGCAAGCGGCUGCUUCAUCAUCAUCAUCCCGCGCACAGUCAUCGAUGGACUCGACGUCCUAAAGAAGGAAAAUCCCGGCGCGAGGGACGGCAUCCGAUUUUUGGAGUCCGAGUUUAGAAAAGGGAACAGAUAUAUCCGGUGUCAGAAAGAGUCUGGGAGGAGUUUUGAGAGGGACAAGCUGAAAAGACAGGACAUUGAAGCCUGGCAUCUUUAUAAAAUGGUGGACAGCUGUCGGCAGUUGACGGGCUCUCAGGGCGGAGGAGACGAGGACACGGCCGGCAUGGUGACCCUCCUGACGGCGUACGCGGUGGAGGAGCUCGCUGACCGCUCUGCCCCCAUGAAGUCGGCCAUCCAGGCGGCGGUGUCGGCAGGAAUGGAGCUGAAGAACAUCGUGGAGUUUUACCGUCAGUGGAAGGAAAUGGGCUGAAGGAGACGGAGGGACAGGGGACUCAGCCCAGCUCUCAGCUAAUCACAUGUCGACUCCCUCUCUCUCUCUCUCUCUCUCUCUGUGUCUCUCUGUCUCUCUCUCUCUCUCAAUCUCAUUUUCUUGCUCUGUCUACGUCUACAUCUCCAGGGUUUAUUGAAGAACUCCUAAUAGAGACGGAGGACGAUAUGGAAGCGGUUUGGAAAAGCACCAGAACAGGAUGCAAAAAAAAAAAAAAAAAAAAACCCACAAAGGGUUUGGAGUGAGAGAGAGAUGAAAGUAGCAGUGUUAAAGUUUUGUCCUGACCAGAUGAAACGAGUAUGAGAAACACACACACAUGCGCGCACACACACACACACACACACACAAAGACAAAAACAACAAGUAAACAUGUAUAAAAUAAGAGUUUAGACUUUUUAUGGUUCUUUUUUUUCUGUUCUUGGUGAGAGGGAGUCGUGUCUGUGUCUAACUAGUGAUGCGACGGUAACCAACCGAGCAACAGAACACACUCGUACACACACACAUACACACCUUCCCUUCCCCCGAGCAGAACCGUAGCACCACGGUCUGGUUUCAGGAGUCGGCACCUCUACGAAGCGACUCCUGACUGUUCAGUUCACGAAGGAUCAUUUAGAUGUACACUUUCUUUCGGAUGGUUUUCUUGUCUAUCCCAAGCGGCUGCUUUUUUUCUCCCCCUUUUUGGGCUUGUUUGUGAUGAUCGUGUUCAUGAACACACCGUGUAAAGAUGUUAAAGCAGAUGGUUGGUUUUAUUUGCUUUUAUUUUUCUAUGUCGUUCCCUCAUCAUCGCUGCUUUUUUGUAAGUUUUACCGUAGCGACAGGGACACGAGCGGGCGUGAGCGCGGCGUGUGGGUGGGGUCUCACCGCCUUCUACAGCGGUACAGAGCGCUUCAGUGUCGGAGGGGACGCCGUCGCACCCGACCGUCAUCUCUCACCCUCACGGUUUUCUCGUUAACUUAUGUGAAGGUAGUUCUGUCCGUCUUCACCAUCGCUGCCCGUCAUAGUCAUCAUCCCUCAACGCAGUGAAAAGGAAACCGAUGUACGUGUGAGGCAUUAAAAAUAAAAAAUCCAUAAGACAAA